UUUGUCUGUCAUUUUCCUGCUUUGACUUGUUAGAAAAAAGAUCUAAUAAUUUAUUUCUUUAGAAAUUCUUUUCAUUAAUUGAAAUUUUUCGAGAAAGACACUAAGCAAUCAGAAAAGAAGUACUAUUUAAUUUACAUAAGCGAAGACUGUCGAAUUAAGUGAAUUAAAGUUUUCAGAGCUUAAUCAAAAUUUCAACUACGGGAGUAUGGAAGCUAUCCUAUCAGCAAAUGAAACAUCUGAAGUAUUGGCGAAAUAUCUGGAAUUGUUUCAGCAAAACGCUUUCGAUUUUAAAUAUCAUUUUGCUCCAAAUAGUGUUAUUGACUGGUAUGGACGAAACGUAAGGGGUGUUAAUAAAAUUCACGAUUAUUUAAGGCAUGAAGUUAGCAAUCACUAUGAACAUAUCGAAUUUCUGCAACCAUUGAGUUGUGGGCCUAUUGAAACCAAGACUAGUCAUAUGCGCACGAAAGUCAUUACUAAUAAAUCCAUUGAUCAUGUGCAUCCCAUUAAUCGUUUGCCUGAUAUGGUACCGCUUAAGUCUUAUGCGGAUAGUGAUAUAGAAGAUAAUGAUCGCUCUGAACAUAUACCAACUUUCAAUAUGCAACAGACGAGAACGAAUCUUUUGAAAACUCCCGAAAAAAGUUUAAUUGAAGAGCUAACGCCACCAGCUAGUGCCACAAAAGAAGAAGUCAAAACGGAUAAGACGGAAGCAAUAAUUGCAAAUUGUUCGAAUCCCUUAAAACGCAUUCAUACCGAGCGUUUUAGUUAUUUGCGUCGUUUACCAACGAUUCCAUCUACAAGUAAACGAGCUUGUCUUAUAAAUGAUGGCGUGCGAUCACUGUUAGACGAUUCUUCUAGCGAUGAAGAUGAACUUGAAUCCUUGACUUCAUUGUAUACGCCUUUACGCUAUCUGGAAGUGAAAGGAGUUAUUCGCUUACGUUCUUCAACUUCGGCCCAUUUUAAAUGUAAAAGUGUUUUAUGGCGUGAUUGUGAUGAAAGAGAAACACGUUUACGUAUUUCGUAUCGGCGUUGCAUUAAAGAUAAUCAAUUGCAAUUCGCCUUAAUUAUUUACGAAGUUAUCGGCAACACAUUUCCUCAAACUAAUAUCAGACGCAAUCUUACAACUGCCUUUUCAAUGGCAUUUAAAGCGGACGAAGAUGACCAAGUAGAAGAAGAGGAAAUGAUUGUAGAAACUCUAUUACCCGAAACUGCUAAACUUGAAGAUAAUAAUGUGGCAGUAGAUACGGUAAUAGAAGUAACUACCACCAGCCCAUUAUUAACAAAUACCGAAAUAGAUCAGUCACAAGAAGAUUCUUCUGCUUUAGCUUUGUCUAUUGCGCAAAUGCGUACACCGACCAAAUCAAUACACACACCACCACCCACACCUAAACGUAAACCUCGUUCAGCUAUACGUACUACCUCUGGUCUUAAACGUGUUAAUAGUUCCCCUACAGCUCCCGUCCCUAAACGAAGUGCUGCGCGUAGUCUAAGACUUUGAUUUCUUUUCGCAAAAUUAUUACUAUGAUCAAUAUGCGCAUUCACGCACGAUCACCUAUAAAGACAAUGAAAAUUAGCUAAAAAAAAAUUCGUUUUUUUUUUUUUUUUUUUUUUUCUAAUAAUUUGCAAUUGUAUGCCAUUUACAAAAAAAAAAUUAUUUUAGUUUACGUUAUAAUUAGAAAGCAAGAGUGGUAAAUAAUUGAUGGAUAAUUAAUUAAGCCAAUGUGAAGAAUAUUAAAAUAUUCAAAGAACAAUAUAUUUUAUGCGAUGUUCUCUAAACAGUCAGGCAAAGUUACAAAAAAAAAAA